UUUACUGGGACCCAGACAGACAGCAGACCGGCUGUCCCGAGCUGCGCUGAUCCUUCACUCUGCACAACAAGCUGCAGUCAGUCUGCUGCCUCUGGACCACCUGCCUCCCCGAGAAUAACACUCCGACCAGCAGCCAAACCAAGGAGGCGACAUAAGAGACUUGACCGGCUCUUGUGCGACACAUCCCCGGCUUCCAGCACCUUCUCACCCCCCCUCGUCCUGCGGGAGGACCGGCUGCGCGCAGGAGAACCGCUUGGUGACGCGCGGUGGUUUGUUGUCGUUACCAGGAGAGGAGCCGGAUCUGCUGCAGGUCCCAGUCCACCGGGCUGCCCCCCUCUCCUCUCAGAGGAGACUCUUGCAUGGAUGCACCAUGGCCACGUUUGUCUGCAGGGUUCAGUUCUUAGAUGACACCGAUCCGUUCAACAGCACCAAUUUUCCGGAACCGACCAGACCUCCGCUGUACACCUUCAGGGAGGAUAUCCCGCUGAUCAACCAGCUAGCAGGAGUCCACCGGCUCCUCAAAGCCCCGCACAAGCUUGAUGACUGUACGCUGCAGCUCUCCCACAAUGGCACCUAUCUGGAUCUGGAGUCCUCUCUGGCGGAGCAAAGGGACGAGCUGGAAGGCUUCCAGCAGGAUGACACAGGGUCCAGAGGGAAGAAGCACAGUGUUAUUCUACGGACCCAGCUGACCGUCCGUGUACACGCCUGCAUCGAAAGACUGUAUAACUCCAAUGGACGUGACUUGAGAAGGGCUCUGUUCUCUCUAAAGCAAAUUUUUCAGGAUGACAAAGAUCUGGUCCAUGAGUUUGUGAUGGCCGAAGGUCUGACGUGUCUCAUCAAAGUGGGAGCAGAAGCUGACCAGAACUACCAGAACUACAUAUUACGAGCUCUGGGGCAGAUCAUGCUGUAUGUAGACGGGAUGAACGGAGUCAUCGGGCAUGCUGAAACAAUCCAGUGGCUGUACACUCUUGUUGGCUCCAAGUUCCGCCUGGUGGUGAAAACAACCCUGAAGCUGUUGCUGGUGUUUGUGGAGUACUCCGAGUCCAACGCCCCGCUGCUGAUAGACGCCAUCACCUCCGUGGACACCAAGAGAGGAAGCAAGCCGUGGUCCAACACCAUGGAGAUCCUGCAGGAGAAGGACGGAGUGGACACAGAGCUGCUGGUCUACGCCAUGACCCUCAUCAAUAAGACACUUGCAGCUCUGCCUGAUCAGGACUCAUUUUAUGACAUGGUGGACGGUCUGGAGGAGCAGGGCAUAGAGACAGUGUCCCAGAGACAUCUGGGGCGGAAAGGCACUGAUCUGGACUUGGUUGAGCAGCUUAACCUUUAUGAGACGACUCUUCGACAUGAAGACGGAGACGAUGACAGCCAGCCUCCACCGACGGGACGCCGCGACCGCCGGCGAGUCAGCCUCGGAGGCGGGGACAAAAAGCGCGGCCUGGAGAGAAGGCGGAGCCGCAGGGCCUCUCUUGGGCGAUCCGGUCACGCGUCCCCUUGCAGCCCCGCGUCCCCACAGAGGGCCGGCUUCCAUCCGUUCAAUGGACAAAAAGCUGAGGACACAAGCGAGAGCACGGCCAGACAUCUUCCACCCAUAGUUCACCGAACAACCGUCCAGUCCAUCACCAUCACCUCCAGGAAGGAGAACACCAAAGAGGAGGAGCAGAGGAAUCGGACUGAACCGCCUCCACCACCCACCCUCCACUCCCCUCCUACCCCCUCCUUCUCCUCCCCUGUCAGCCCCGCAACCCCCACCUCCCUCCUGGCGUCCCUCCUGGCCAGGAAAAGGUCCAUCGUCACCGUCCCGGCCACUAAGGAGGUCAGCCCGCCGUCCCGCGGCAGCUCCCGCCCCUCCCCCCCCGAACGCAUGCCCUACCUGCCCCACUCCCCCUUCCACCUCUUCUCCUAUGACCUCGAUGAGGAGCCAGCUCCACCCAAACCCAGCGAAGACUCCCCCAAAUCCACGUCUCCCAGGAAUGGCUUGUCCUACUCCUCCCUCCCAAGUACGCCCACCAGCUCCAGGCCUGCUCUGGGAGGUCUUCUGUCGUCGUCUUAUCGACAACACCAGGAAUCUCUGGCAGCAGAGCGAGAACGCCGCCGUGUGGAGAGAGAGGAGAGACUGCAGAGGAUAGAGCGAGAGGAGAGGAACAAGCACAGCCGCGACUAUGUGGAUAAAAUGGAAGAGGCCAGGCUCGCGCGGGAGGAGAGGUAUAAGAACGUGGAGCGUCUGGCGGCGGAGGAGUUUGAGAGGGAGCACGUCCGGGUGUCAAGGACUCGCCCUGACCUCGACCUGACCUUUGAACCCGCGGAGGCCUGGCCCUCGUCAUCACGCAGCAGCACGCCGUCCUCCUUCGCCUCCCAGGAGGACGCAGAGGCCGACCUCGAAGCGGGGACCCCCGCCACCCCGUCUGAAACUGGAGACGCUGAUGACUCCAGCGCCAGUGUAGAAACAGAGGAGAAAGAAGCCAGUGCUGAAGAGGAGGAAGAACAGAAAGAAGAGGAAGUACAGGAGGAAGUACAGAAGGAAGCAUCGGCAGAAAAGGAGGAGGAAGGAGAAGAGGGUGAGCAGGAACCAGAGAAGGAGAAAGAGGAGGUGGAGGUGGAGGUGGAGGCGGAGGCGGAGGCUGAGGAGGACAGCGGCAUCCUGAGCGACAAAGAGCGACAGAAUGAGGAGGUGAAUGAGAAGGACAACUGCUCCGCCUCCAGCAUCUCGUCAGCCAGCAGCACUCUGGAGAGAGAGGAGAGGGGCAGCAGUGAGAAUGGUUUUAAGGAGACCGAGGUGAACGAGGAGUGCAGCAAGCUCCUCAACAGUAAACUCUUCAUGCUGGACAUGCUGUACUCCCAGAACAAGAAGCCCAGUGACGAGGAGGAGGAGGAAGAGGAUGUGGAGAAGGAGAAGGAGAAGGAGAAAGAGAAAGGGGAGGGGGAGGACAAAGAAACCCAGGAGGAUGCUGGAACGCAACUGGGCGAAGACGAGGAGAUCGACCACAAGGCUGAGAAACCAGAUCAGCGCGGGACCAUCCGGCCGUUCGCCGAGCGGUUCGGACACUUGAUCAAGGACCUCGGCUCCAACGCCCCUCACCUGGACGUCCCCGCCAACGAGCCCCCUCCCCCCCCGCCCAAAAAGGAAUCGGACACGAUCUGGGACCAGCUCCUGGCCAGCCCUCGAGAGCUGCGCAUCGGGGACAUCAACUUCACCGACCUGACGGAGGAAGACGACAAAGACAUUCUGGAUGCUGUUUUGAUGGGAGGAUGCAGCGACCUCCCGCCGCCGCCGCCUCCUCCGCCCCGCUUCCCUCCGCCUCCACACAUGCUGGGCGGCUGCCCUCCUCCGCCUCCCUUGAUUGGGAUGAUGAGCCCUCCUCCUCCACCUUUCUUUAGUGCCCCCAUUCCAGUGCCUCCUCCCCCAGAGCCGCCACUUUUUAACAAGAAGAAGAAGACAAUCAGGCUCUUCUGGAGCGAGGUGCGUCCGACGGACUCUCAGUACAAGGACUACAAGCGGAGUGAAGACUCGUUCUGGUCCAAACUGGAACCAGUGAAAAUGGACACAGCCAAACUGGAACAUCUGUUUGAGACGAAAUCAAAGGAAAUACCAGUUACAAAGAAAACAGCAGCAGACGGCAAGCGUCAGGAGAUCAUCGUGUUGGAUUCCAAGAGAAGUAACGCCAUCAACAUCGGUCUGACGGUGCUGCCUCCUCCUCGCACCAUCAAGACGGCCAUCUUGAACUUUGACGAGUACGCGCUCAACAAGGAGGGCAUAGAGAAAAUCCUGACGAUGAUCCCCACAGAGGAGGAGAAGCAGAAGAUCCAGGAGGCCCAGCUGGCCAACCCUGACGUCCCGCUGGGCUCCGCAGAGCAGUUCCUCCUCACUCUGUCCUCCAUCAGCGAGCUCUCUGCCAGACUCCAGCUCUGGGCCUUCAAGAUGGACUACGAGGCAACGCAGAAGGAAGUUGCAGAGCCGCUGCAGGAUCUGAAGGAGGGUAUGGAACAGCUGGAGAAGAACAAAACUCUCCGUUACAUCCUCUCCACACUGCUCUCUAUGGGAAACUUCCUCAAUAGCACCAAUGCGAAAGGCUUCGAGCUGACAUAUUUGGAGAAGGUUCCAGAGGUGAAGGACACGGUUCAUAAGCAGUCUCUGCUGCAUCACGCCUGCUCCGUGGUGGUGGAGAACUUCCCUCAGAGCACCGACCUCUACUCCGAGAUCGGAGCCAUCACACGAUCUGCAAAGGUGGACUUCGACCAGCUGCAGGAGAACCUGUGUCAGAUGGAGCGGCGCUGCAAAGCAUCAUGGGAUCACCUGAAGGUGAUCGCCAAGCACGAGAUGAAGCCGCAGCUGAAGCAGAAGAUGUCUGACUUCCUCAAAGACUGCGCUGAGAGGAUUAUUAUACUCAAGAUCGUUCACCGCAGGAUCAUCAACAGGUUCCACUCGUUCCUGUUGUACCUGGGUCACCCGGCCUACAGUGUGAGAGAGAUCAGCGUCCACAGGUUCAGUAAAAUCCUCAGCGAGUUCGCGCUGGAGUACCGAACCACCCGAGACCGCGUGCUGCAGCAGAAACAGAAACGAGCCGACCACCGCGAACGCAACAAGACGAGAGGAAAGAUGAUCAUGGACGUCAACGCUCCUUCUGAUGAUGAAGACGAGAGUGAGGCUGGUCGUUAUGGCUCCAGCAGCAGCAACAGCGCCCCCGGUGGCAGCCAGGAGGUGCAGCACCCUCAGGGUCUGGGCCACACCGAGGACGCUGCAGAACACGAGCACAUGAAGGCCGUGCUGAGGACCAGCCUCAGCGGCGGCGACAAGGAGGCCAGCGGCGUGCCCGGGCUCCGGACACGGACAAGAUGCCGGCCCGGAAGAGGAGGUCGCACGGUGCAGGCGUGGACUCCUCCUGUGGAGGACACUCAGGUCUGUGGAGACGACGCUGCGGAUGAGAUCAUGGAGCGCAUCGUGAGGUCGGCCACGCAGGGUCCAGGAACCAGAGCGCAGCCCCGAGAGAGGAGGAGGUCCAGGGCCAACCGCAAGUCAUUGAGGCGGACUCUGAAGAACGGUCUUACUCCUGAGGAGGCUCUGGCUUUAGGACUAACUGAUUCUCCAGACACUUGAAUCUGAUGCGUCUGCUGUCGUAGCCGCUGAAACAAACUGACAGUCGAGGAGGCGACUCCUCUUUCUCCUCCACACUAAACAGCUGAGUUGUUUCACAAGUCACAAACCCCUUUUAGGUUUUUUGCCAGCUGCUAAUUUUGCCUGAUGUGUCUGAGUGAUGAAGCUGCAGCCACAAUAGUGUUUUUUUUUUUGUUUGUUUUUUUAUGCAACGCAAAGAAAAAAAUCUUCUUGAGGAAGAAAGUGGAAGUGAAGAAAGAGAACUGAUGUAUUCAACCUGGCAAAGGAAAAGAACAUUUGAAAUCCAGCGACGUCGCCUCGACUCUGAAUGGAAACAUUUCUCAUCUAAACAUAUAUUUGAAAUGUUGCAUUAGUCCAAAGAGAUCACUUUCUGCAGCUGUGACUUCACCACGUUUCAUUUAUUUAAGCUGUGAAUUUGGGUUGUAAAGGUUAACGGGACGAGGAUGAAGUUCGAUUUUGUUCUCUUAUCCACUUUCAGAGAAUCGCCACAAACAAAAGAGGCUCACUAAGAAUUAUUGUGUUCUGAAAAGGCAAAUGUUUGCUUCUGCAGCUGCACGUUUGACAAGUGACGAGUGUAGUUUUGUGUCGUAAGAACGCGAAAGGUUUUCAAUCUGAUGUGCCUUUAAUCUAAAAAAAAGGGACGAUAACGUACCUUUUCACCAUCUCUCCCUCUUGCUUCAGUCACCUCCUACUUCUCAGAUAACUCACUAAUGUCACAUCCACAGGUCUAGUUACAUUGUGUACGACUGUUGAUUACACUUUUUUUAUUUUAUUUUGGCAAAAUAUUUAUUUGCAAAGCUCGGACAUGGUGCACCUUACUCAACAUUGAAAGUUUCUAAUGCUGAAAUGAACUAAACAAAGACAAAAGGAAGUAUUUAUUUCAGAGGAAAGUGUUUGUAAAGUGUAAAAAGACAAAAAGGUAAAGACAUUUUUAAAAUUUUAAUAAUCUAUUUUGAAGGACAUGCAGAUAAUUCUGCAGAAAAAAAUGUGUAAAUGCCCUCGUCAGCUGCCAGGUACUACGUAGUACUACAGUGUGCAUGUUUAGUGCGGUUCAUGUGAUGUAUUAUUUUUGUAAUUUCUGUAGAAACUUGUAUUAUAGUUUGAGAGAAAGUGGGGAAACGAGUCUAUUCUGUGAAUUGCAAUCAAAGAUAAAAGAAAUGAAAGAUGUGAUCGUAGCUGAAAUGUGUGUUUUCAAGGUAUUGCUGAGCGAGCGGAGCAGCGUUUGGGCAUUUACUUUGAACUCUGCGGUCACAUUGAACUUUGUAUGAACUUGAACAGUUUGUGGAUAAUGUAAGUCUCAGCUGAACCACCUGCUCCUCUCACAGUGCAACAAACAGGGAGAUAAAUAUAGAUCGCUGCAUAAAUAUAAUGUGGUGAGCUGAACGGGACACUUUCACUUGAAAUGCUGUGUAUACACACUCUGCAAUAAAAAACAAAAACAUUGAG